GCAGGGUGCCGUGACCAUGUUUCCUCUUUUCCUGUUGGAUCAUCACAUGACCGCCAGGGAGCUCGGCUUCUGGAAUGGCGUUAUCGCCAUGGGCUUCUCCAUCUGUGGGUCGUCCCUGGGAGGCCUGCUGCUCGCUCAGUUCAGCAUCGGGGCUCUGAUGCGACGCGUGUUUGUAUUGCGAACCAUCAGCAUGGUCUUCCAGAGUUCUCUGCUCACUGUACUGGAACCAUCACCACUCAUGAAAGGCAUGGCCGUCCUGAGCAUGAGUGUUCAGCACUUCCUGGGCGGUCUCAUCACCACGCUCACCUUCACUACCAUGAUGUAUUGCACUCAGAGGGCCGAGGAAAGCAUUCAGGUCAUUUCCUUUAGUCGUCAAAGGGGGGCCUGAGAGGAACAUCUACAGCAUACAGUACCACACCUAUUAUCACCUACACCUGUCACCUGUUCUCAUCAGCUGUUUUCCACCUGGAAGAUGUCAGAC